CUCCCGCCCCUCUAGCCCGAGAGGCCGCGCAGCGACUGCGACCGUGCGCGGCUGCGCACGCCCUCAAGCCCGCCCUUUCCGGCCGACUCUUGCGGGGCGUGGCUGUGCUGGCAAGAUGGCGGCGCCCGAGAAAAUGGUGAUUCCGGAGAAACUGAGCCACAAAAAGUACAGGGCCGCCCUGAAGAAGGAGAAACGAAAGAAACGUCGGCAGGAACUCGCUCGACUGAGAGACUCAGGACUCUCACAGAAGGAGGAGGAGGAGGAGACAGCAGCGGAUGCUUUUAUUGAAGAACAACGACGAGAAGAAGAGAGGCUGUUGGAGAGAGAGAGGCAAAAAUUACAUGAGGAGUGGUUGCUGCGGGAACAGAAGGCGCAAGAAGAAUUCAGAAUAAAGAAAGAAAAGGAAGAGGCAGCUAGAAAACGGCAGGAAGAACAAGAGAGAAAGUUAAAGGAAGAAUGGGAAGAACAGCAGAGAAAAGAGAGAGAAGAGGAGCAGCAGAAGCUACAGGAGAAGAAAGAAAGAGAGGAAGCUGUGCAGAAGAUGCUGGAGCAGGCUGAAAAUGAGUUGGAAAAUGGCACCACAUGGCAAAACCCAGAACCACCCAUGGAAUUAAGAAUAAUGGAAAAAGAUCGAGCCAAUUGUCCAUUCUACAGUAAAACAGGAGCUUGCAGAUUUGGAGACAGGUGUUCACGUAAGCACAAUUUCCCGGCAUCAAGUCCCACCCUUCUUAUUAAAAGCAUGUUUAUGACAUUUGGGAUGGAGCAGUGCAGAAGGGACGACUAUGACCCCGACGCAAGUCUGGAGUACAGCGAAGAGGAAACCUACCAGCAGUUCCUGGACUUCUAUGACGACGUGCUCCCCGAGUUCAAGAACGUGGGGAAAGUGAUCCAGUUCAAGGUCAGCUGCAACUGGGAACCUCAUCUGAGGGGCAAUGUGUAUGUUCAAUAUCAAUCGGAAGAAGAAUGCCAAGCAGCCCUUUCUCUGUUUAAUGGACGGUGGUACGCAGGACGACAGCUUCAGUGCGAAUUCUGCCCAGUGACCCGAUGGAAAAUGGCAAUUUGUGGUUUAUUUGAAAUACAGCAGUGUCCAAGAGGGAAACACUGCAACUUUCUUCACGUGUUCAGAAAUCCCAACAAUGAAUUUUGGGAAGCGAAUCGAGACAUGUACCUGUCUCCGGAUCGGACUGGCUCCUGCUUCAGUAAGAACUCAGAGAGGAGGGAGCGGCUGGGCCGCCACGACGACUACUACAGUAGGCCACGGAGGAGGAGGAGCCCCGGGCCGGCCCACUCCUACAAGAGGAACGGGGAGGCCGAGAGGAGGAGGAGGAGGAGGAGCCACGGGGGCAAGAAAUCUCACAAGCACACGUCCAAAAGCCGGGAGAGGCACAGUUCCCGAAGCAGAGGAAGAAAAAGGGGCCGCAGCCGUGGCCGGGGCAGCCGCAGCCGCCGGAGCCGCAGCCGGAGCUCCUCCAGGUCCAGGAGCCGCGGCAAGAGGACGUCGGGGAGCCGAGACUGAACUCUGCAGAGUCCCAAAUCCAAAUAAACUUACCAUGUCCUUCAGUGAUUGUACACCUUAUUUGUUAUGGCGGCUGCGUAGUUGGAUAGAGGGCUCUCAGCUCAUGUGGGUUAGCAAGUCUGGCAAAAGCCUAUGUAGCCUGGAACCCUAUUUAAAAAUACUUUUAUCCUCUGGUAAUCAGUGUGCUUACUAUAGAAAACCUAGAAAACGUAAAAUGUAUACAACACAAAUUAUUUAUAAUCCUGACCCUUAAAGAUAACCAAUUAACACUGGAGCAUUGCUUUAAGUCUUUUUCUCUCUUAUGGGAGUAUGGGUGUGUACACAUUGUUUUUACACAAAGAUAACAUAUGGCUGCAGUUGAAUAUGCUUUUUUUCACACCAAACAUUGUCCUAUUUCAUCAAGCCCUAGUGUUACUGUUAUUUUUACUCACUGCAUAGUGUGGAUCUAUCAGUUUAUUCAACCGUAUCCCUAUUGUUGGAUUUUUAAGUUAUUUUAAGUUUUGCACUAUUAAAGAAUCCUGUGCUAUAAACAGUCCUGUGGUGGAUUUCCUUAAAUACUUUCAUACAUUACUGGUCAUUUCCCUAGGAUAAAUUACAUCAAGAAAUAUGAAUACAGGUCUUUCCAGAUUGCCCUCCAUAAAGACUACAAAAAAAUUUACUGUCAACAAUAAAUUUUGCUGUUCCUGCAGCAAAUUACUGUAACCUUUGCCGGUUUGGUAAAUUUUAUGUGUUUAUUCAUCUCUGUACAUAUUGGCUAAGCCAAACACUUUUUUCUGUAUUUAAUGGGCAUUAAGUUUGGUUGU